AUGCAUAAGCUCUGCCUUCUACUCGCAGUCCCCGGCACCUUUUUCGGUGAAAGUGCCGAAUCGAUCGCCAGCGGCAACCCGGUAACUGCUUCACGCAGUGACGACACGACAUCCAACUCGCCGAUUCGUUUGCAGUCCCAGGGCUCGCCUGUGGGCAUGACCGCGUCGACUACUCAUCGCAGUGUGGGGUCGAACGACUGGAUCGCGCCUUUAUCAAACCACAAAGGAGAGCGCACAGAGGAGCGAGCGAUGGUAAUGGAUGCGCUGGUUAAGCUUUAUAAUUACGUCAACGACCUGAAGCUCAAUCAGGACACGUACCUCUAUCGGAAGCUGGAAGAAUGGUUCAAGCGUCCAGUCCACCCUACUGAUGUGGCAGAAAACCUGAGCCUUGCUAGACCGGAGGUCAGUCCUAAGGUGCUCGACGCCUGGUUGAGGUAUGCUUUCUUGUAUGAUGAACGUAUUGGGAGUAUCUCCGCUGACCGAAUUUACGAGUCGUUCAAGGGCAGACGUUCGGACGCUGAAGUGUUCAAGCAGCUUAUCUCGAUCUACAACAUCGACAGCGACGACUCCAAGCAUAACGUAAUCUCGAUGUUCAACAAACUAGCUGAAAGCGUCUCAUCCGCGCCGGGCGUUGCGGCUUUAAAUUGGAUGGCGAACGAGUUGAAGGCGUUAAAGUUGCCUCCCGUGGAAGUAGCCGACAUGCUGGGUUUGCAAGGUGUUGUGCUCUGUGUGUUGCACCAUUCUGCAGCUGCGUGGAUUCGCUUCGUUGAUCUCUUGCAUGAAGAGAAUUCGGACCUUGCCAUUCCCGUGAAAGAGGCGUGGUCAAUGUUGAUCGGCGAUAUGGACAUGGAGCAGAAGCAUCGAUUUCUUCUCCUGGUCUGGCCUGACCUUCCGGCCAGUCUAAACGCUAGAGUGCGACAAGCAGGAUCGAUGUGGGACUGGUGA